AUGGUAGUGGUUCAAUCCGAGGUCAUGACUUGUGGCGAAUUGUUCAUCGUUACAUGCAUGGGUGGGUCCGUGGGUCGCGAGGGCGAGCAUGAUGUACUUUUGGACGAUAUUGGUUGCAGCAAGAGUCACGCCCGGAUCACAUAUCAGGACGGCAAGUUCUACUAUCAAGAUCAAGGUAGUACCAAUGGCUCCGUGAUUAACGAUCGCCGUCUGAAAGGGGAUGAGACCCGUGAAAUCGGCCAUGGCUCCCGCAUCACGAUUGGCACCACGGGUUUGGUGUGCCACGUCCAUCCCGGGAUUCAAACCUGUCUCGAGUUGCCCAGAGAGUCACCCGAUCAAUCUCGGAAGAAAGCCAUGAAGGCCAUUCGUCAAAAGUACGGCAUAAAUCAUGCCAAUACUCAACCGCCCGAGGCUAAAACAAACGGCCCAGCCCAACCUUACCAAGAUCGGGCUGGAUUACGUCGAAAAACG